GACGAACCCCGAAAGGUGCAGCCGUGUAAGAAUGGAGGCCCCACUGGUGAGUCUGGAUGAAGAGUUCGAGGACCUCCGGCCCUGCUGCUCGGAGGAACGGGAGGAGAAGCCCCGGUGUUUUUAUGGCUCGUCUCCCCACCAUCUGGAGGACCCCUCCCUGUCUGAGCUGGAGAAUUUCUCUUCUGAGAUCAUCAGCUUCAAGUCCAUGGAGGACCUCGUGAACGAGUUUGACGAGAAGCUCAAUGUCUGCUUUCGGAACUACAACGCCAAGACGGAGAACCUAGCCCCGGUGAAGAGCCAGUUGCAGAUCCAGGAGGAGGAGGGGACCCUGCAAGAUGAAGAGGUUUGGGAUGCUCUGACGGACAAUUACAUCCCUUCACUCUCAGAAGACUGGAGGGACCCAAACAUCGAGGCUCUGAAUGGCAACAGCUCUGACACCGAGAUCCAUGACAAAGAAGAGGAAGAAUUAAAUGAGAAGAGCGAGCACGACUCUGGGAUCAAUGAGGAGCCUCUACUCACAGCAGAUCAGGUAAUUGAGGAGAUCGAGGAAAUGAUGCAGAACUCCCCGGACCCUGAGGAGGAAGAUGAGGUUCUGGAAGAGGAAGAUGGAGGCGAAACUUCCUCCCAGGCAGACUCCGUCCUCCUGCAGGAGAUGCAGGCCUUGACCCAGACCUUCAACAACAACUGGUCCUACGAAGGACUGAGGCACAUGUCUGGGUCGGAGCUGACCGAGCUGCUGGACCAGGUGGAGGGUGCCAUUCACGACUUCUCGGAGGAGCUGGUGCAACAGCUGGCCCGCCGGGAUGAGCUGGAAUUUGAGAAGGAAGUGAAGAACUCCUUCAUUACGGUGCUCAUUGAGGUUCAGAACAAGCAGAAGGAACAGCGCGAGCUGAUGAAAAAGAGGCGGAAAGAGAAAGGGCUGAGCCUGCAGAGCAGCCGCAUGGAGAAGGGGAACCAGAUGCCUCUCAAGGAAGCACCUGCUCCUCUUGAGUCUCCUUUCCCCCAGCGCUUCAGCAUGGAAGGCAUCUCCAACAUCCUGCAGAGCAGCAUCCGCCAGACUUUCGGCUCCUCGGGAACCGACAAACAGUACCUGAACACAGUCAUCCCCUACGAGAAGAAAGCCUCCCCUCCGUCGGUGGAAGACCUGCAGAUGCUGACGAACAUUCUCUUUGCCAUGAAGGAGGACAAUGACAAGGUGCCCACUUUGCUAACCGACUACAUUUUAAAAGGUAAGAGCAGCGCUGCCCUCUGGGGCAGAAGCGUCUCCGGCCUCCCCCCAGGACUCCUGCUGCAGGCAGUGUGGGGCCCCCUCGGUCACGGGCUUUGCCUUGGGGUGUUGCUUGGAGCCUGGGAAGGAGAUUCCAUCGCUCCCGAGUCACCGGGGUGACUGUACUCACCGGGGUGACUGUAUGUGAGAAGCUGCCAAACCAACAAAAGGCUUAUUGUAACAGCUCUGUGGAGCCUGGCUCUGCAGUGGGCAAAACAAGGCCCGAGGAUGCUAUUAAUAGUUUUCAGCUGCUUAAAGGCAACAAAUUUGAGUCAUGAUGAGCUACAUCCCUUAAUAACUAUUUUCUUGUUUGAGUUUGUGUUGGUUUAACUUAGGUAAAAGUAGAGUGAAUGGUCUAAUGAGCUUCUAUGUACUUUAUAUCAAUUUACAGCUUCAACAAUUAUUAACACACUGUCAGUGGUGUUUCAUUUAUAUCCCUUCCCAACUUCUCCCCUUCAUGUUAUUUUGAAGCGAAUUCUAAUCAUAGUUUCCAUACCUAAAUAUGUCCGUGUGCAGUUCUAAAACAUAAGGACUCUUUAAAAAAAAAAAAAAUUAUAUA